CACGCAUGCGCCAGAGGUCAAAGUUGAAAUGCACGGGGCGGUUCGCGGGAAACGUCUCAAAACAAAUCGGUUCGGAAGACCACAAAGUUUUUCAUCGUGAACAGAAUUUCAACACUCUGUCGUCUGUAAGUGUUAAAAAAAUAUCGCGUUAAAUGUAUUCGUGCUAAUAGCUUUUUAGCUAGUUGAGCAGUUUCUGAUCGCGCGUUAGCGAAGCUCACAACGGAGUUUUGGGGACGGUGGUCCUGGAGUGAGCGAAAUGGCAGAAAGGCCAGAAGAUCUCAACCUUCCCAACGCGGUCAUCACCCGAAUCAUCAAAGAGGCGCUCCCAGAUGGGGUAAAUGUGUCAAAAGAAGCACGGAGAGCAAUAUCCCAAGCUGCCAGUGUGUUUGUGUUGUAUGCAACAUCUUGUGCAAACAACUUUGCCAUGAAAGCCAAGCGAAAAACUCUGAAUGCAGGCGACGUCUUAGCUGCAAUGGAGGAAAUGGAGUUUGAACGGUUUAUGGAGCCUCUUCGAGAAGCUUUGGAAGUUUAUAAGAAGGGCCAAAAGGGAAAGAAGGAGGUGUCGGAGCAGAAGCGCAAAGAUAAAGAAAAGAAGACAGACUCUGAAAAUGAUAAGAGUCGGGACGAGGAAGAGGAGGAGGAACACAUGGAUGAAGAGCCUGAAGCAGAGAAUGAGGUGGAGGAAGAGGAGGUGGAAAACUGAGGACGAUUCCCAUUGUCUGGAGCGCUGUUAAGCGGAUGAAAUGCACUCAAGUCAGCUGCUGUGAGGUCAUCACAGAUCCCAGUCGUAGGGGUUGUUACUUUUUGUCUCCGUAAUUCCUAAAAUCCCAAAUUGAAAACAAAGCACAGCAUAUUUUCAAGUGUCUGGCCAAAUUGGAACACACCCUGACUAACUGGUGUUGACCUGGUUCCUUGCUCAAGUCCAUCUUGGAUCAACUGUCUCAGAGUAACAAGCGGUUUAGGUUAGUAAAAUCGUUCUUUCCCAGCAUAGUGAUGUGCUAUUACUUUUUAAUGCUAUGAUUGCUUCUAAACUUGAGUCACAAAUUAUUCUUGUGGGAUUGAUAAAAUUGACUACAUGGGUCCAAUAUUCUCCAUCCUCCAGAUGAAUUUUAAAAGCACAUGGUUGUAUAGUUUUAUAAAUCUACUGCACGAUUGAUGUGAGCUGCACAGGAACAGUAAGGAAAAAAAGAUUAAAUUGAGACUGAUAAUUAUGAAUGGGCAAACAGUGUUGUGCGUAUAUUGCCACGUUGGGUGAAGAUGACACUUCAGAGAUUGAUCGUAAGGUGUUGAAUUUUCUGCUGAACCUUUAAUAUGUCAAUGUCAGAUACUGUGCACCAUGGGGGGUGUUAGUAAAAGAAAAAAAAUCGUACACUUGUUUACAAAUGGAGAUGUUUUAGACUGCAUUUUGCUGCACUACUGGUUUAUUCCUUUAAUAGUAAAAUCAAUUUAUACUUUUGUAAGAUUUUCAUGAGUCGAAUUUUUCAAUGUUUUUACAGAAUUCUCAAUAAAAAGGCUCCAAAUA